AGUAGUAUUGUGGAGUGGUGGUAACGGCGAUGGCAGCAUCGGGCGCGAUGGAAGGGGCAGACAUCGGCUCAGUGAACGCCAAACGCUCAAGCCGUUACGACGCGGCGUGCGAGACACAGUCCGAGUGACGCGACGCCGAAACACUCUCGUAAAGCCGCGAGACGAUAAAUGAUAACGAGAAGCCGUAGCUCUACGCGAUCUCGCGUACGGUGACGACGGUUACGCCGGAGCGUGAGUGUGGGUCGUGCUCAUUCGCAAAAUCCUUCGGCGACCGUUCGGGCAUCCUCGGCGACGCGGCCGAGCGGCGAGAGUGUUUAAUGUGUGUACGAUAUAUAUAUAUAUAUGUGUGUGUGUGUGUGUGUGUGCGUGCGUGACCGCACGUAGCCCGAUGUAUACAGUUUGGUGUGAGUGUGUGUAUCUGUAAUACGUGUGCCGGAGGAAUAUCCGUGUCGUCGUCGUCGUCGUCAUUGUGUGUCUUGUAUCCGUCCGUUUUUUUUCUUACGCGCGAAUGGAGUGAACGAGUGUGUCUGUUCCUUCCUUCCUUCGCCGGCCAAUGUGGAUACGUAAAUAAUAAAGUGCGCUCGCGGCUUUUGCCGCCUUCGGUCGACUCCUCCCCCCCCUCCCCCUCUACUCUUUCACUACGUGCCUCUUCGUCGCUCCUAUCCGGUACGCGCCGGCAGGAGGGACACGUCGGAUUACCACAUCGCCGUGGGACAAAGGAUACGCACACAUACACGCGCUCGCGCGCACACACGCGCAUCACUCCAGGCGUGUGUAUGUACGUGCAGACGGCAUUGGGACUUACAACGGUGGCGGCUCGGUGCCCCCGCAGGAUUAUUUAUCGACCUGCACAAGAUCGGAAGCACGUCGAUCAGCCGAGGCGCGGUUCCGUCGGGAAAUCGAAGGGAAGAACCGCACGCUAGGCUGACGCCGACCGGGAGGAUCGUUUUAGGGGACAUGGCUUAAGUCACGACAAGCGGAAGACAGGUUGGAGGAGCCACCAUCCUCGGGUCUCAGGAUUCCGAGAGCGCGGAUGGUCGCCGAGAUUUCCUACGACGUUGGAAGUAAUUACGAGUGGUGUCGGGUGGUGUGUUCGUGAUCAAAGAGGAGGGGGGGCUCAGUGGCUGUGAUCGUGGUGUUGUGUCGGGGGGGGAUCAGUGUGUCGUCGGUGAAGAGUGGUGAGAGAUAUAUUGGGUUGCGCGAGUAAGAAUUUACAGGAGCAAGUGUGGUGAAGCGAAAUCAAGGUGGAUAAAGGUGUACACACCAUAACCAGGAGGUGGAAAGCGAGAGCGAGAGAGAGAGAAAGAGAGAGAGAGAGAGAUAGGUAGAGAUAGAUAGAGAGAGAAAAGGGGUGGCAGAGAAGAGAGAUACGGCCGGAUAUAUCGCGAAUUACGUCGAGCGAGAGUAGCAGCGAGAGAGUGAGUGAUGUGUUCGAUGGACGAGGCGCGUCUCGCGGGCGGUGGUCGGGGUAAUGAUAACGCGUGUAGUCGCGCGCGCUACCACUACUGUUACUUAGUAUCCAAAGUGAGAAACGGCGGGCAGUCGGUGACCAGGCUGGCGGGCGCCGGGGAAACGUUUCCAAGGGCAUGGCGACCACGCCACUAGGCGGUCGCCUCCCUAACGUAAACCGUAAAGGACCAUCUCCGUGCAUCGGUGGUGGUGGUAUUAGUAGUAGUAGUAGUAGUAAUAGUAAUAGUAACGGCGGUGGUAACGGCAGCAACGGCAACACCAGCAACGGUAACAACGGCAGCAAUAGCGGCAACAACAACAACAACAACAACAACAACAACAACGGCUUAAGUAGCAACAACGCGAGUGGUGGUCAGUUGAAGAGGCAGGAGAGAGCGCUGGUCGGCAGAGAACACCGCGAUCAUCGUCAUCAUCACCAUCACCAUCACCAUCACCAUCAUCACCAUCAUCAUCACCAUCAAGGUCGGGACAAGUCAUCCCUGUCAUCGUCGUCAUCGUCGUCGUCGUCGUCGUCGUCGUCGUCGUCGUCGUCGUCGGGCCAGCAGCGUGAGCUUAAUAAAGCAAGCACAGUGGCUGCUAACGCCGGUGAACUGGAUCCGGCCGCGACGAAUGCGACCAAUAACUUUGAGUACGACGACAACGAAUGGGACAUCGGCAUAGGUGACCUGAUAAUCGAUCUUGAUGCGGACAUUGAGAAGACGAGGGACGAGAAAUUGAGUUCGGGGACAGGCAUGGCUUCUACGCCUGCCUCGGCAGCAUCGGCACCGAAUAACGCGAAUCAUCAUCAGUUACAGAACUCAACGAGCGGUCUCAACUCUUCCAACUCCUCGUCCUCGUCCGUCCCGUCGACUGGUACGAACGCCGGCAGUCAAUCAUCGUCGUCCUCGUCGUCGUCGUUGUCGUCGUCCUCCUCAUCGUCUUCAUCGUCAUCGUCUUCUUCCUCCUGCGGCGUUAAUUCGUCGACGCGUUCCAAUAGCCCCGGGAACGGGAGCGGCAACGCGAACGGUACCGGCGGCACCGCGAACGGUGCCAGUAACGCGAACGGCACCGCGUCUGUAGUCACCGGUCCCGGUAAUAAGCAAGCGUCGGGCGUGAACGUGAGCGGCGUAAACGCCGUCCACGGUAACGCCGGCAAUCCCGGCAAGAUGGCCGUAGAACAUUCGGCCACCGUCGACAAGGGCCUCAAGAUGAAGAUCAAGCGCACGAAGCCCGGCACAAAGACCAGCGAGGCCAAGCACGAGAUCGUUAAAUCGAACGAGAUCAACGGCACCGCCUCCUCGCAGGACUCGAACAACGGCACCGCCGCGUCCUCGACGUCCUCGUCCUCAACGGCUGGCUCGACGUCCGCAUCGACCGCGGUCGCGCAGAACUCGCAGAAUUCGGAUUGCGGCGCGGCCGGCGGUGGUCAGUCGUCCUCGUCGAACAAGUCGAAGCCUAGCCACUCGCCGGCAUCGGCCGGCGGCACCGGCGCCGCGCCCUCAUCCACCGCCGGUUCGAAACGCGGCUCGAGCGGCCAUCGGCGCGACAAGGCGCGAGACAAGCACGAAAAGCCGCAGAGCAAUCACACGCCCCAACAAACCAAGCCGGAGAUGAACGGUACCGCGCGACCGGCGCCGCAGGGCCAAAAUUCGGCCGGCGGUGCGACGCAGUCUCAGGGCCCAACGCCGGCCGCCACGGCGCCGCAACAGACCCAGGGACCACCGCCCAGUUCGAGGACAGGUUUCUCCGUGUCACAGGGCCCCGGGCCACCCGCGACCAGCGCGGCGGCACCCUGUCCGCCGCCGAGUCCGGCGAGCGCCACGGCGGCCGGCGCGGCGGCCAAGCCGGAACAGACCAAGGUCGCCGCGGUGCCGGGUCCACCACUCACGACACCCGCCGAGGAAGCAAUGGACACUGCCGCUAGUCCACCACCUGCAAAGAAAAUGAAAACGGAACCAAAGGACAUGUCCGACGUGUGCGUUGGGACCAGCGUGGGGACCAUUACCGAACCGGAGUGUUUGGGGCCCUGUGAGCCCGGCACCUCCGUCACCCUCGAGGGCAUCGUUUGGCACGAGACCGAAGGAGGUGUGCUAGUGGUGAACGUUACGUGGCGGGGAAAGACGUACGUCGGGACGCUGCUGGAUUGCACGCGUCACGACUGGGCGCCACCACGUUUCUGCGAUUCUCCGACCAGUGAUUUGGACGCUCGCACGCCUAAGGGACGCGGCAAACGCGGCCGCGCCGCGGCCAACUCCACGCCUGGCAAUGACCUGAGCAACUUCACGGAGACGAGGAGUUCCGUGCACAGUAAGCUGCGCAACGGCGGCAAGGGUCGUCGAGGUGCCCAAGGUUCGCCAGCGGCUAGUCCGAGCCCGGCGGCGUUCGUGCCGCCUCGACCGGAUCCGGCGGCCAAGCGGAAAUCACGAGGACCCGAGGAGGAGCAGGACAAGAACAAACGACGGGCGCCACCGCCGACGCCACCUAGCGGUUCGCCACCUGCUAGUCCAGUGUUGCUCGAAUGUCCCGAGCCGAAUUGCAGUAAAAAGUACAAACACAUUAACGGACUCAAGUAUCAUCAGAGCCACGCGCACGGUUCUGCUGAUGAUGACGACACCAAGGAGGGCAUCACCAGCAUGUCGGAGAACGACGAGAGCAAUAUCGAGGCACCGAGCCCCGCCACACCGGUGAAAUCGCCGGCGGACAAACCCGAGGGCACACCGGUGAGAGCGGCGAGUCCACCGGCGGCGGGACUACCACCGGAAACGCCGCCGCCGCCCCCACGGGUUCCGUCGCCCAGCAUAGAACCGCCUACGCCUGUCCUCGCCGACAAGAGUAUCGUCAAGCCGGGCGUGCUCAGGUUCGGCCAGGACGAUCUGCCGGCGCCCACCUCCACGGCGCCAUCCAGGCAGCAACAGCAAUCCGUGCAACAACAGCAGCAACAGCAACAGCAGCAGCAACAGAACCAAUCAUCUUUAGGAGGCUCAUCGAAUCCGCCCCAGAGCCCCAGUCCUCAUCCCAGUCAGUCCCCCAGGCCCAUACCUUCGCCACAUCCGAGUACGAAUAUCCCCCAACCCCUCAAUAUACCACAGCCGCCGCAACCGUCUCAGAUGCAAUCGCAUCAGACGCAGAAUCCACUUUUGCAACAAGCGCAGCAGUCGUUACAGCAGGUUAAUCAACCGCCGCAGCAGCAGCUACAGCCUAGUGUCGGAAGUCAGCAACAGCAGCAGCAGCAGCAACAGCAGCAGCAGCAGCAGCAGCAGUUGCAGUCGGUCCAACAACAAUUGCCACCGGCACAUCAGUUGCAAUCAGUGCAGCAUUCCCUGUCGGCUCAGUUGGGCCAGCCCGCACAGGCCCACGUGGUGCAGCCGUCCGGUUUACAGCAGCAGCAGCAGGCUAGUUUGCAGAGUAUAGCCAGCCAACAUCCAGGACUGCAAAAUCUCGCGAAUCAAGUGUCGCAGCAAGCAGCGGGUCUGCAAACGGCGCCGCCACCGCCGAGUCAUCCGAGUGUACAGGGUGUACAAUCGCAUCUACAACAGUACCCCACCGCGGUAUCGCUGCACGCCGCCGCGGCGAAGAUGCCGCAGUUCAAGGUGAAACCUACGGCUGCGCUAAUGCCGGAACAGGACAAGAGCAAGACGAGUACGGACGCGCGGGCUCCUAAGCCGCAGGGCUACAAGAAGAAGUCGCGGAAGUCACCCGGUGGCAGUCCACAUCCGUCUCCUCUCGAGGCACCGAUCGUCGAUUCGGCGCGCGAUGAUGUACAGAGCCCGGCCUAUUCGGAUAUAUCGGACGACGCGGCGCCGGUACUCGAAGCGGAGCCGGUGGAUAAAUCCAAGCAGAGUCAGGAAAAGGAUAACAAGGCUACGGCGCCGGCACAUUUGCCCGCGCACUUCAGUAUGUAUCCGUAUUAUAGUCAGCCGCCUUAUCUGGUAUCCAACGUACCGGACAGCAAACCGGUGGUAGACCAAAAGCCGAGCGAUCUUACGCCUAAGCAGGAGAUCAAACCGCUCAACAUACCGCAGAUGCCUUCGAUGGCGAGCUUGCAGAGCGUUGUAUCGGAGAAGGAAAAGAAAGAGCUGAGUCAGCCGGUACCGCAGCCGCAGCAGCAGCCGCAUUAUUAUGGCGGUUACGGUGGUUACAUGCCACCGGGCUAUCCGUAUCAACCGCCACAGCCGGUUUCGCAACAGCAACAGCAACAACAGAGUCAGCAAUCGCAGGAUCAAGAACCGCAUGAACAGAAGGCCAAGAUCAAGCAGGAGCCACAGCCGCAGCCGAGUCUGAAAGAUAAGCAGCACGAAAAUCAUCAGAUACUCAAGGAGAGCAUCGAGAUGAAGAGUCAAAUGAGUCCAUACCAUGUCUAUCACAGUUCGCAAAGUCAACGAGCGGCGCCGCCGCCACCUCCUCCAGGACCCGUUCAGGAUGAUAGAAGGUAUUAUUUGUAUCCAGGCGAGCAGAGGAGGAAAGAGGAAUCGAGUAAACAGAGUCAACAAGCGAAGGCGCCACCGCCCAGCCCGAAGCAUCAGCCGAAACAGGAGAAGCCACAGGAUCUCGGAAAGAGCGAGGACUCCAAGAGCAAGCAGGAGGGCGUGAAGCCUACGAUGGAAACUCAGGGACCGCCGCCGCCGCCUACCUCGCAAUACGCUUACAUUCAUCCCAGUUACAUGCAGCCGCAGCAUUACGGCGCGCUGCCAUUCGAUCCGGGUCACCCGGUCUACCGCGGCCUCAGCCCUAUGCUGGUGCCCGGUCCGUAUUCGAGUAACCCCUAUCUUCACCAGCUACCUAGGUACCACGCACCGGAGGAUCUUAGUCGACCACCCGGCGGCAAAGCGCUGGACCUUCUCCAACAUCAUGCCAAUCAGUAUUACUCGGCGCACAAGAUACACGAGCUUCAGGAACGCGCGCUCAAGUCACCGACGCCCAAGACGUCUGCAGCAUCCGCUAGCCCGUCAUCUGCAGGCCCAACCCCCGCCCGGCCCCCCAGCGGUCCGCCUACGUCGGUAGCAGGCCCGGGUCCACCGCCAGGUCAGGGUCAGCAACCGUCCGGUAAGCAGCAGGGUCAACCGGGUAGCCAGCAGCAGCAGCAAGGCGCGGUGGACGCCAGCGGCGGUAACCUCGGCAAGGACAACAGAUCACCGCCUCCACAGCGGCACGUGCACACGCAUCAUCACACUCACGUGGGCCUGGGCUAUCCCUUGUUGACGGGACAGUAUCCCGCCCCCUACGGAGCGGCAGUGCUGGCGAGUCAGCAGGCCGCCGCGGUAGCCGCCUCGGUGAUCUCGCCAUUCCCGCCCAAGUGACCCGCGGCCCCCGCCCCCGUCCUGCCCGGCGGAACCGCCGGGGGCAGCUCCGCCGCACAGGCCCACCACACGCAUCCGGCGGCGGCGAGCGGCGCGCCCGGUGCGGGACACCCGCACGGCACCGCUGCCGGCGGCGGCAGGCAGCCGUAGGAGGCACGGACGCACCGAACGAGCGAAUGGUGUAGCCACAUUGAGCAUUGGUGAUACCACCUGAGCAGGCUGCCGCGUGUAUAUGUUCUAUGCUACGGCCUGGAUUAGGACCAAGGUGUAACCAGUAAAGACAGACGGCUGACGACGGCCGGAUUAGAACCAGGGCGUAGCCGGGAGAGAGGCCGAGAUAUAUACCUCACACGUUCUGUACCAGUUUCUCGAUAUCGUUCGAACUUGGAAUCCUGGAGAAGCUAGUUUAGUAGAGAAACGUUAGGACAACACGAUGUACUGGCCGAUGUACGAUCAAGGAAGGAUACCGCUCCUUUUCUCAGUAACGGCCACAGUACUAGAGAUCGAGGAUCGACAGUGCGGUAGAAGCGGGACAGUAAUGUUCCAUGUGCUAUGCUAACUGGGACUCUACGAUGAUGUGGGAUAUUCUGCGUAUUAUUAACCAUAUCUCUACGAACUGGGCUGAAGUAGAUAUUUUAAAUACGCGAGGUGUUAAGACUGUAAAUUGUGGCUAUUGACGGUGUUGGAAUUUGUAUAGAUGAGGUUUGAUUGGAGUCAGAGAGAUCUGGUAGAUCAAACUCGUGGAUUCAUGAUUUUCCAAAUUAGACGGCGGGAAGUAACAUAUGUACAUUGAAUUUUGAAGACGUGAGAAAAAUAUGAGAGACUGAACUCGACUCGACGCACAAAUACAUUGUCCAUUCUCAGGACAGAGUUGUUGACGAUCAAUCUGUUGAACUGAUCGCGGUAGGUUCGACGAGACGAUCAUGAGCGAGCAAUCCUCCGGACAGAGAUGUAUCGAACUGUUGGAUCAAACGCUCGCGCGAACGAGAGGACGAACUUCCUCUUUACGCAUACCCUGGAGUAUCGUGACGCGCUCCCACGAUGUGCCCAUUGUGAAUUCACGAUUUCUCGUGACGGACGAAACCAGUUUGCUGGAUAUCCUUCUUUAUGUACAUAAUGUAUAUCUAAGGAACACGCGCCGCAUAAUGUACAGACGCCUUAGAUGUAAGAAUAAGUAAUUGGGUGCUCGAUCUUAGCCCGUAGAGUCACAGAUCUCCGACAGAUUUCGAGGGGUACGACGCGUAUCUCGCGAGAAAUGAAAUACCCUCGAGCGGGAUCGAGCGACAGUCGCCUGGUCUCGGUGUGGACUGGAUUCGCUCGGUAUCGUCCAGAAAUCGCGUUGAUUCCUCACUGAUGGUCUGCCGAUCCUGGCAAACCUUGGUUUCUCUUUUCUUUCAGUCGGAAGGCCUUAUCUAGGGUAGGGCCGUAGCUCGGAACGAAACGAGGAGGAAGACUGGUCCGGGGAACUAUUGACUGAGAGGUAGCGAUAUUCGUAACCGAACCUCGAAGUUAGAAUAGGCCGUGAGGGUGAGUCCAGUCCACACCGGGGCGAGGGGUUGGACAUACGCGACGGCAGUCGCGCGAGGAAGCAGGCGUCUCGUUAGACUGAAGCACGCGAGGACACCGACGACACCGUUGGUACGUUCUCGCGUCCACGGGGCCGCGCUGGCAAAAAAAUAAUUACGGGGAGCGCGUAGAUUUAAUGCGUGCCGAGUGCGAGCGCGGCUCCGCCCCCGAUUCUCAGACUCGAGCGUGUGUGUGUCGAGGCGAGGUGGAAUUUUUAUCGAGCGUAGAGAUGCUUAAGAACGCGAGCGAGCGAGCGAGCGAGCGAGCGAUCGAGCGAUCGAGCGCGUGUAAACCGUAUGCGUGUGCAUAUAUGUAAGAGAGAAAGAAAGAGAGAGAGAGAGAGAGAGAGAGAGAAGAAUUAACGAUUAUACAUAGAAUACACGAGAGAUGUAAGAGAGUAGCGAAUCACGUGCGGUCGCGACUGCCUUGUACAAGCAUAAUGCGUGCGUGUGGAUGUGCGUGCGUAUAGAUUCCGUGUCGAUGUAUUUUAUUGUAAAGAAAUAAGACAAAGAAUUAGGCGAGCGCAGGACUUCGAUUUUUGUAGAGAAAUUGUAUAACUUGCUGAUAAUUUAUCUCUUAGGGGAAUGAAGAAUUCAUGAUUGUGUGUUGACCGAUCGCUAAUGCGGAUUAACGUGACCAGAGAGAAACUCGUCCUUAAGGCAUGAACAGUUGAUAAAGACGAGCCGUGAGGACGACAAAUGAUAAAAAAAAGAUGCGGCGACAUGUAAUGCGUUGAUUCUAAAUAAUUAAGUGGCGUUAAGUGACUGUAAAUUCGAUGCUAGAACGCUAUUUGUUUACUAAGAUAACGGUAGCCAGUGAUGCGCGAGAACUAGGGGGAAAAAGAGAGGUGACAAGGGGCGGUGGAGGAGUGCAGGGGCGAGGUCCAGAAAGUGGGUAAAUAAAAAGAGCGGGACGUAUGAUUACGUAUGUAUAUAUGCAAUUAUAAAUACACACACACAUAUAUAUAUAUAUAUGUGUGUGUGUGUGUGUGUAUCUAUAAACUACAUAAUGUUUGUUCAGUAACUACUAUCGUCAUCCAUUUUAUAUAUAUUAUGCGAUUAUUGAUUAUUAAUUAUAUUAUUUUAUUACUAUCAUCAGUGUGGCGUAAGAUAGGAGGAGAUAAAAGGGAAAAGAAAAAAAAGAGAUAACGGCGGUGUGAGAAAUUUUAAACGGGCAACGUUCGCAAAUGCCAAAUCAAAAGAUACGAAUGUACGGUUGAUGAUGCGUUUCAUAGCGGGCAGAAAAAGUUAUUUAAUAAAACGAGAGAAGAAUAUGGAGAUAGGUGCGGGGCAAAACGCAAUGCAUCCGCAUUUUGCCGAACGUAAGCGAAACCGCGAUAGAGAAGCACGCGCGCGCACUUAUGAGAGCGAGAGAGCGUAUGCGUGUUUUGUGUAUGCUAUGCGUGCAUUGUUGUGUAGAUGUGUGCGUGUAUUGUGUGCGUACGUGUGGGAAUGAAUGAAAGAAACAAAAAGUGAUCCGCCUCAGUUUUAGUGGGGCGCCCAGCGGACAAAGGGGUGGGCUUUAAAAGAAAUAAAUGCUGGUGCUGCGCUGUGAUUUUUGUAAAAAAGAAAAAGCAAAUAAUAAAAAGAGAGAAGAGGGACCCGAGGAAGACCGAGAAAGUACGCGAAACGAUCGAGGGGUCCGAUAUUCUGCGGGACUGAACAGAAAAGAGAAAAAAAAAAAAGAAAUGCGAAAAAAGAAUGGAAAGCAACACGCAGAGAGAUAGCUUGAGUACCUGGAUCCUGCCCUGGUCCGCGUCUGCCUCCGCGAGCGGAGGUGCAAAGGAGAGAAAAGGAAAGAAAGGAAGAGAGAAAGAAAGACAGACAUAAAUGACAAGUGAAGAAUGAGGGAGUGAAAGAAUGAAAGAAAGAGAAAGAGUGCGCCGCGUCGUUCUACUCAAUUGUACAGGCUGUAAAAUAGUAUUCGCUUUCAGUAAGCAAGAGAAAAAAAAAAGAAUUUUAAUAUAGAUCGUUAAUCGCUAAUUAGAGGAUACACGUAGAGGGAGAAAGAUAUAAGGAGUAAGAAAGGGGAAGAGAAUCGUCAUCGUCGUCGCCGUCGCCGUCGCCUCUCGUAAGCUCUAAGAAGAGUUUUAUUGCAUCUACACGCGAAUCGCACAUUACCAGAAGACGGGUUACAGCUUUGUGGUUCAAGUGGACGGUCUUCGCCCCCUCGCACUCCCCUUGCUCGCCCUCGCUCACCCUGCGGGAACGACAGAAACCCCCUGGGACGCGCAACUCGCCCAAGUGUAAUAGGGAGCGUAUGUAAUUAGCAAUUGGAGACAACCUCCGUGUCCGAGGAGGAUACGACACUGUAGCGAGUACGCAUAUUUGCCAGGACGUUGCAUAAUCGAUCGUGAGAGUAUCGUGAGAAGAAGAGAGCGAGAGACAGGGUGAAAGAGAGAGAGAGAGAGAGAGAGAGAGAGAAAGAUCGUAUGAACAAAAAAAAAGGGUGAAUAGAUGCGCGUAUGUACGUAUAUAAGUAUAAGCGAGGUAUGAGAGAAGAUAGAAGCGCGAAUGGUGAAAACGAUGCUAAGAGAACUGAGACAUAUAACAUAAUAAACAAGGACCCUUAUUCUCGUCUCCUUUUUUUAGAAUGAUAAAAAUAGUGAGUCGUUACGCUUUAUAUAUUAUACAUCUCGAGUAUAUGAAUAUACGAGUAAACAUAACGUACAGAAGCAGGUACAGAAGAAAAAAAAACAUGCAGGCAUCUUGUCGUUAUAAAUUGUAAGAUAUUGUGUUCAAACUCCAGAAUGUACUCUGAUCCCCUUCCUCAGACUACUAUAUAUUAAAUAUAUUGUGCACUAUGCUCCAACUUGUCCAUACAAAUAAAUAUAUUGAAAAAUCUCAAA